AUGAGGCGGCUCUGUGGGAAAGGGGUUGCAAGAUAAGCAAUAAUCACAUGACUAGGACCGCUUGAAAGGGGUAGUUGGUGUUUCCUGAAACUGAUAAUCAUGCCCACCACACAGCAGUCUCCCCAGGACGAGCAGGAGAAGCUCCUGGAUGAGGCGGUGCAGGCUGUCAAGGUCCAGUCUUUUCAAAUGAAGCGCUGCCUGGACAAGAGUAAGCUGAUGGAUGCUCUGAAACAUGCCUCUAACAUGCUUGGGGAGCUAAGGACGUCCAUGCUGUCUCCAAAGAGUUACUACGAGCUCUACAUGGCUAUCUCCGAUGAGCUGCACUACCUGGAGGUUUACCUGACUGACGAGUUUGCGAAAGGCAGGAAGGUGGCAGAUCUCUACGAGCUGGUUCAGUAUGCUGGAAACAUCAUCCCCAGACUGUACUUGCUGAUUACUGUGGGCGUAGUGUACGUGAGGUCCUUUCCCCAGUCCAGGAAGGACAUCCUGAAGGACCUGGUGGAGAUGUGCCGAGGGGUCCAGCACCCGCUGCGGGGGCUGUUCCUGAGGAACUACCUGCUGCAGUGUACCCGAAACAUCCUGCCUGACGACGGGGAGCAGCCUGAAGAGGAGACGACGGGAGACAUCAACGACUCCAUCGACUUCGUGCUGCUGAACUUUGCGGAGAUGAACAAGCUGUGGGUGCGGAUGCAGCACCAGGGCCACAGCAGAGACCGGGAGAAGAGGGAGAAGGAGCGGCAGGAGCUCCGCAUCCUGGUGGGCACCAACCUGGUGCGGCUCAGCCAGCUGGAGGGGGUCAACGUGGACAAGUACAAACAGAUUGUGCUGUCUGGAGUCCUGGAGCAGGUGGUGAACUGCCGAGAUUCACUGGCACAGGAGUACCUUAUGGAAUGUAUUAUACAGGUUUUCCCUGACGAGUUCCACCUCCAGACGCUCAACCCUUUCCUGCGCUCCUGUGCUGAGCUACAUCAGCAUGUGAAUGUCAAAAAUAUCAUCAUCGCUCUCAUUGACAGAUUAGCUUUAUUUGCUCACAGAGAAGAUGGUCCUGGCAUCCCUGCAGAUAUUAAAUUAUUUGACAUUUUCUCACAACAAGUAGCUACAGUUAUACAGUCACGACAGGAUAUGCCUUCAGAGGAUGUGGUCUCUCUGCAAGUGUCCCUCAUCAACUUGGCCAUGAAGUGUUACCCUGACCGGGUAGACUAUGUGGACAAAGUCCUGGAGAGCACUGUAGAGAUCUUCAACAAGCUAAACCUGGAACAUAUUGCAACCAGCAGCGCGGUGUCUAAAGAGCUAACGAGACUACUGAAGAUCCCCGUGGAUACCUACAAUAACAUCCUGACCGUGCUUCAGCUCAAACAUUUCCAUCCUCUCUUUGAGUACUUUGACUAUGAAUCUCGCAAGAGCAUGAGCUGUUACGUGCUGAGCAACACCCUGGACUACAGCACAGAGAUAAUAGCACAAGAACAGGUGGAUGCCAUCCUUAACCUGGUGUCAACGCUGAUCCAGGAUCAGCCAGACCAGCCUGCUGAGGACCCUGAUCCUGAGGACUUUGCAGAAGAGCAGAGUCUGGUGGGCCGGUUCAUCCACCUGCUUCACUCGGAGGACCCAGACCAGCAGUACUUAAUUUUAAACACUGCCAGGAAACACUUUGGAGCAGGAGGGAACCAGAGGAUUCGCUACACGCUGCCACCUUUGGUCUUCGCUGCAUAUCAGCUGGCUUUCCGCUACAAAGAGAACUGUAAAACCGAUGACAAGUGGGAGAAGAAGUGCCAGAAGAUCUUCUCCUUCGCUCACCAGACCAUCAGCGCUCUGAUCAAAGCUGAGCUGGCCGAGCUCCCGCUGCGACUCUUCCUCCAGGGGGCCCUGGCGGCCGGCGAGAUUGGCUUCGAGAACCACGAGACGGUGGCCUACGAGUUUAUGUCUCAGGCUUUCUCCCUGUACGAGGACGAGAUCAGCGACUCCAAGGCCCAGCUGGCGGCCAUCACGCUGAUCAUCGGCACGUUCGAGAGGACCCGCUGCUUCAGCGAGGAGAACCACGAGCCGCUGCGGACGCAGUGCGCGCUGGCCGCCUCCAAGCUGCUGAAGAAGCCGGACCAGUGCCGGGCCGUCAGCAUCUGCGCCCACCUCUUCUGGUCCGGCCACAACACUGACAAGAACGGAGAGGAGAUACGUGACGGGAAGAGAGUGAUGGAGUGCCUAAAGAAAGCUCUGAAAAUCGCCAACCAGUGCAUGGAUCCAUCACUGCAGGUCCAGCUCUUCAUCGAGAUCCUGAACCGAUACAUCUAUUUCUACGAGAAGGAGAACGAAGCGGUGACGGUCCAAGUGCUAAACCAGCUGAUCCAGAAGAUCCGAGAAGAUCUGCCGAACUUGGAGGCGAGCGAGGAGACGGAGCAGAUCAACAAACACUUCCACAACACACUGGAGCACUUGCGCGUGCGCAGGGAGUCGCCCGAGGCCGACGGCCCCAACUACGAGGGCCUGGUCCUUUAGGGGCGUGGCGACGCGCGGCUAGCGAUUCCAUCCGGCGGUAACCGCCAGCUCUCCUCACCCGCCCCACAUCUCCUCCAUCUUUAUUCUUUCUCAUUUUUAACAACAGUCUCGCCAUGCUUGCAUUAGGUUCUCUUUCUCAUAGAGCGUGCCUUUUCAAGGUGCCCAGAAUACAGUGCGUACACUGUCCUUCGCAUAGAAAUUCUUCUGCACGAUCAUUCCUGAACUGUUACGUGGUAUACAUGUGGGCCUGUGGUCUCCAUCUGACUGUACAUUGGGGGCAUCCCUUUAUUCCAGUAACCUUUUUUAUGUUCUGCAUUCUGGCUUCUGUGUAGUCCACACUGCGGUGUUGUUGAUGCCCAAGGUGGCACCAGCAGAAACACGUCUGUCAUUUGUCAACUGCAGAAUAUUACCGAUCAUUAAUACAGGGACGGUAACAUCACUCAUCUGUGUUUGUGGUUGUUCUGGUUUCAGUUUAAAAUUGAGGAAGCACCGUUUUUUUUGUCUAACGAUGAUUAAGAAUGCACUGAUGCAUGCAUCUGUGUAUGUGUGUGCCUGUAUGUAUAGAUAUGUAACUGGAUCAGCUGUUUACAGUAGCCAUUUGCAGUCCCUUGUAAUUAUCUUGGUAUUGGUAAACAACUAGACUAAACAACAGUUCUACCAUCUCACAAAUAUCCACCUUGAUCAGAAGAGGAACUAAUUUUCUUUUUUUGGGGGGUGCGGGUGGGGUUGUUCCUUUACAUAUUUUAUGCGUAACCUAACUGUAAACCAGUAAAAAAAAACAAAAACAAAAAAAAAAAACAAUUAAAGAUCAUCCGUAUCACAUCAUUUGCACAAAUAAAUAAUUGAUUGCUAUUAAUCAUAGAUUAAUUCCUUUAUGCUGCCAAGUAGAUUAAAUGUCAAAAUGAAGUGUUAAUAUUGAAUGAAAAUAUAAAUGUAAUCAUUGUAUGUUGAAUUCUUUGUUAUUGCAGAUUUUUUGUCAUCAUAGAUGGUUGACUCAAUCUUUUCUGUUUGGUUUAUUUAGUAAUUCUACCACGCUGACAUCAGUGUGUUCUGUACAGCCCAUGCAGUUAAGGUGAACUAUAAGUGUUCCUUUACAGUGUGGGAAAUUAACCUUUUUUAAUAUUUUAACUGAUAAGUUCCCUCUUGUAAAUCAACAAAACUUGUUUUAAUUGGCCAUGUGCUUUAUGAAGAAAAAAAAACGUAUGAAAUUUUAAAAAUAUAUACUUUCUCCGUAAUGUUUAUUUAGCUCCCCAAAUGUGGUUUUUCUGUCACGAUUAUAGCUAUGUAUUGCGUGUGGAUGAAUCCUUGUUAAAAAUAGGCAUUUUUCACAAUUUUAUUUCAGAAAACCACCCAGUCUCUUUAUUUUACACAUAGCUAAAAAUGUGCAACAUUUACACAAGGACGUAUGUACAGCCAGGACACCACCAUAGCUAGGGAGGGAUGAAAUGGACUGAAUUGUAUCAAUUUCUUGACCCUUCCAAGUGGUAAUGGUAUAUAUUACAAUAUUUGUGCUUCAUUUCUUUAAUUUGUGGCAUUGGGCCAUUAGGGAAAGUGGGGUGAUUCAGAUCUCAAAUAUUACAUUAAACAUGAGUAUUUAAAA